AUGGGUGACGCAACUGCUUUCGAACUGGAGUCCAGAAUCGGCGAUUUAGAAUUAAGAUGGGAUGGAAAUGUCGACGAGAAAAUAGAAAACGUGACAGUUACUUUCCACAAGCGACUUGAAGAAAUGGCCACAGAUACCAUCGGAACUAUCCGUGAAGAUCUGACAAAGAUUUCAACCAAAACUGACACGCUGAAAACUUCAGUCGAGACUUCGGUUGCAGACUUGUCGGUGCGAGUAGAAACUGCGGUCUCGCAAAGCGGCGCACUUGAGGACGCUUUAGCGGGAACAUUUUAUAGAUUCAAGAACGAAAAAUGUGUCGCAAACUUUUGA